CACCACUCAUCUACGGGCUUGGCUGCGUGCUUGCGUUUCUUCAUGCCAUGGAUAUAUAGUCCGAUAUCUCGACUGUACAUAUUUCUCACUUUUAUACCAUAUAUACAUAUCUACAGAUAUUUCUUGUGAUUGUUUGCCCCUGUUGGUUCGCCUAUGGCUGCCGCCACUUCUCCUCCCAUUCCUUUCUAUCGCCAACUCGUCGAAGAUUACCAAAAUCAAUACGAAUCACUCAUUCAGAAUGGUGAGGCGAAGCCAGUACUGUUGUGGCACUUGAUUGCCCUUCUCCUGCUUCCUGUUUUAGCGCUUCUCGUCUCGCGGCGCAAGGGCGGCCGCUAUGUGCAGCUGUUUGUCCUAGCCUGCCUUUUCGGUGCUCUCGUCCACUUUUUACGCCACAGACGGAUGCUCUUAGGAGGCUAUGGGUAUAUGGGAGGUUUGCUGCCAACAUGGUGGUUCAUCUGGUGCGCAGUAUGGCUGGCGUACAGAAAUGCUGAGCGCGACUGUCGCCGAAUCAUUCGAACAAACACUCUCGAGCCCACAGCGAACGGAAGUCCAACUACCAAGAUUGAUAGCAAGAAUGCCACCGAGGACAAGCGCCAUGAUUUUUGUCCGCAGGGCGUGGAAAGGCUCGCGUGGCAGUCCUAUCCGCAGUCGCUUUCACAGCGCCUGGACUGGGUCUUUAGCUUGUUAUAUGGCAUGCGGGGACCUGAAUGGAACUGGCGCAUCUCUUCCCUUGGGCCAUUACCCGCCUCUAUUCACGCCCAGCUGAAAGCCAAGGAUCCAUCCUUCCAUGAAAUUGAGAUGACGCCAGCGGAGAAAACACGAGCGCACGUUGCCCUCAGGGCCCGCGUGCGCUCUGCACUGGUCGUCUGCAUCAAGUCCUAUCUCGCCCUGGAUCUGAUCAAGCUGCUGAUGAUCCGGGACACGUACUUCAUGUACAACGGCACCAUGGCGCUGGCGCCACCAUACCCGUUCACCUUCCUCACUGCAGUCCCUGGCAUGGUCCGUUUCUAUCGUCUGGCCGUCACCGGUUUCGGAGUCCACGCCGCGUUGACCUUUGUGACCUCCUUCAAUCCCAUCAUCUUCGGCGGGCUUGCACUCGCCUUCCCCAACGCAGCCCGCGCCCUAACCUCGGUGCCUCUCGAUGCGCCAUGGCUGUACGCCGAGACCUUCGGCCCCUUCCUCCCAUCCCUCCUCGAUCACGGCCUCAUCGGCUGCUGGAGUAAAUGGUGGCACCAGCUCUUCCGCGUCGGCUUCACCUCCACCGGCCGCUGGCUCGUCUCGUUCCUCCCCGCGGACCUCGCCUCCCGCCCCGCGGUCCGGCAGCUGGUCUACACCUUCGUGGCCUUCGGUCUCAGCGGCCUCGUGCACUCGAGCGGCAGCUACGUACAGAUCGCAGUGACAAGACCCGCGGCGGGCCCGUUCCGGUUCUUCAUCCUCCAGGCGGUGGGAUUCGUGCUGCAAGGCGUUGGCACGCAUGUCCUCGUUCCGUGCCUGAUGGGUGCAAAACGAGACUUGCCGCAGUGGCUGCGACGCACGGCGAAUCUCGUCUUCGCGAUCGGGUGGCUCUACCUCACAGCGCCGGUGAUCGCGGAUGAUUUCGCCAGGGGUGGGCUGUGGCUGACGGAGCCGUUGCCUGUCAGUCCGCUGCGGGGGCUGGGGAUUGGAGUGAGAGAAGAGGAUAAGGGGUGGUGGUGUUGGUCUUCGCCUUGGUUUGAAUUUUGGGACGAUGGUACAUAUUGGGGAAGUGGUGUGCGCGUGAUCUAGAUGCAAUUUUUUCUUGUCUUUUCGGAUAUCAUUCUGUUAUAGAUCGACUAGAUGGGUGGUUGAUAUAUAUGAUAGAUUUAGAGUUGUUAUGAAUUGCUUCAAAGGAAAGGAAGCGGCAAAGAACUUGUGCAGUUGAGUCACAAAUGACUAAUGUUUAUUACAGCGUGUGGUGACAAGCAGUCUGUACAACCGAUAGAGCAGCA